AACAAAAACAUUAUAAAAGGAGAAAGCCAGAGACUCUCUCCUCACUUCCAACCCUUCAAAACCCUAGAAGAGCUAGGAUUUCCAUCUAUUUCAUAAUAGAGUUCUGCUCAAACAGCUCCGAAUUUUCUCUCAAAACAGAUCUUAUCAGCUUCAUCGAGUUACUCACUCUCUCUUUUGAUAUAUUUUCAUCGGCUUACCGUCCCUGAGUGUCGAUCGAGCCCAUGUGAGUACUGAUCAUUUCUACUGAGAAAUUUGGAUUUCAGCAAAUUCUCUCUCUAAUUUCUCUUUGAUCGGCUCACCGUUCCUGAGUGUCGAUCGAGCCCAUGUGAGUACUGAUCAUUUCUACUGAUAAAUUUGGAUUUCAGCAAAUUCUCUCUCUAAUUUCUCUUUGAUCUUCUUGUUGAGUAGCUUCGAUCCAUAAUAUGAUGAUCGAUCUAAGUUGUGGUUGAGCUCAGUUUCAUUUUUCCUCCAUUUUUUUGAGCUUCCUUGGAUAUCAUCUGUGCUUGUCUAUCGCUUCUGUCACUUCAGGCUUCUUUGCUGUAGAUCUCGUAUCUUAUCGUGGGUACAGCAUGGUUUGAGUCGGAUCGGUUGGAUCCGUUGAUUUGUAUCAAUAUCGGUUGGCAUAGGUUGAUAAGGAUUCCUGGCCGAUCCUGUAAUGGUGGAUCGGUACGGACCAAAGAAAGUUGUGGGCUGCAGUUCUAUUCCUUUGGUUUUGCAAGAUGGACAAGAAUGUUGUGGAGGAAGGCAACUGUAAAAGAAGUGAUUCAACUCAUCCUGAUGCCAACUCUGGUGUGGCUAAAAUAGAACCAAGUCAACUACACAAUGCUACUGAAAAAUAUAAGGCAGAUGGAUGUAACCAUUUUUCAAUCCGUGGCUAUGUUGCUGAGGUUCGCAAAAAAGACAAGACGAUUUGUUGGCCAUUUUCUAAUGUUGGUGACCAUGAAAUAAUGGAGGAAGAAAUAAAGCUUCCUCCUUUACAAGUUCCUGAAUUCAGAUGGUGGAAGUGCCAAAACUGUCUGAGAAAGAAGGGUGCCAAAGAUACUUCAGAUGGAACUGGAGUGGUUACAAAUUGUUCCAAUAGUGUGUGUGAAACUAAAACUAUUCCAUCACCUGUGAUCCCUUUCCCUUUGUCUUGUGGUGAUCCACAAAAGUUGUAUUAUGGGUUCCAAGAAUCAUCUGAAGUGAACCUAGUUGAUGGUAUGAAAACCAGCUCUGAUGUUUCUCUCCAUGUGGAUAAGAAAGAGAAGACAGCUGAAGUAAUGAAAUCCAGCUCUGAUGUUUCUCUCCAUGUGGUUAAGAAAGAGAAGACAGAUGAAGUACUGGUGGACCCAAUCACCAAAGAUAUUCAUAAACUUACUGAUAAUGUUGAGGAAGAGAACAAGAACAUGGAAAUUUGUGGGCCAACCUAUAGUCUGAUGGAAGUUGAUAUUCCAAAUGGGGAGAAGGGAUGUGGUUUAUCUUCUGGUGGAACUGCCAAUGUUACACCAUCUAAAUCAAAGGUUUAUAAAUUGAUUAAGGGUUCCUGUGAAAUCCAUCAAAAGGAAACUGGGACCCUCAAACCAAAAGGUGAUGAAUUGGUCAACAGUUCCAAGGAAAUCUUUCACACUGAAAUGCAAGGAAAUGUUAUUGCUACUACAUCUACAUCGAAGGUUUAUAAAUUGGUUAAGGGUUCCUGUGAAUUGGGAGAGAAACUUUGAUUUCGCUUCUCUCUUCUGCAGAUUGCCAUGUUAAAGGUGGAGCUUUGAAGUAAAAUAUUGCAUGUAUUGGUGCCGUCUGGAAAUGCUUAGAUGUAAUUUCUGUAUUCAUUUUAUUUUUAAUAUGUACUUUUCUGAUCAUUAGCAGAAAAAGGAAAAAGAAAAAAAAAAGGUUCCUGUGAAUUUUUUUUUUGCUUAGGGUUCCUGUGAAAGAUAAGUGUUCUGUUUAUAAAAUGCAAACUAAAACUAAUAGCAACCGGUUCUGUUUGUUUUGAUCCA